CCUAACUCAGAGCCAGCCUCCUGAAAACUGAAUUCCAUUUCUCUGCCGUCUCCUCCUCUCACUUCCCUCGCCGGGAAAGUUUUUUUUUUUUCUCUUCUUCCAAAAAACAGAACAAAAAAAUGACAUCUCUCACUUUUUCCCUCCGGAUUCUGCUGGUCUCCACCGCCGUUCUGUCCGCCGGCGUGGUGGUCAAAUCCUCUGUUCCAUUGGUGAGAGAUUUCUCCGCCUACAGAGCUCCGGUGCUCUGGAGCUCGAUCUCGUCGUGGCUCAGGCCUCCUUACCUCUACUUCGUCAUCAACUGCAUCAUCAUCACCAUCGCCGCCACCUCGCGGUUCCACCACGGUCACGGCGAGGAAGAGCAGCCGCGGAAGGUGGAGGCUGUGGCGUUGGUGCGGCCAGAUUUCCACGAGGUAAAGGUUUCCAAUGUUGUUCUCGCUGCUCGUUCUAUCAAUUACGGCGGAGCGGCGGAGGAGGAGAGGCCGCGGAUGAAGACGGUGGCGUUGGAUGCCGAUUCUGGAUUAAUGUUCGAGGAUAAGCAGACUGUAACGGUGCUGCCGAGUGACGAGGAUGAAUUCGUGAUCUCGAGAUCCGAAUGGAUUCCACCGAAGAAGAAUCCGACGAGAAUCGACUCGUCGGAGAAAUUUCCACAGGAGGCUCUGUCCCUAGUGCCGGCGGCUGAGAAACCCCUCGUUUCCGCUCGAUUCGUUCACCGGAAGCCGGUCAAAGUCAACACUCCAGAAGGUGGGAGAGCGUUGAGGAGGGUGUCGCAGUCGAAGCCGAAGCGCCACGACACGCUGGAGAACACGUGGAAGAUGAUAACGGAAGGUCGUCCAAUUCCGUUGAACAGGCACCUCAAGAAAUCGGACACGUGGGAGAAUCACGGCCGUCAUCACGUCAACGCACCGGAAUCUUCUUCCCUCGACGACCCGAGUCCACCGCCGGCAGCGUUGGUGAAGAAAUCGGAGACGUUUAAAGACAGGACCAACCAGCUCCCCCCGCUGAGCGGGGGGACGCCGUCGCCGGCGGCGACGGCGGGAGGGGAGAGGAGGCUGAAGAAGGAGCCGUCGCUGGGUCAGGACGAGUUGAAUCGCCGAGUUGAGGCGUUCAUCAACAAGUUCAACGAGGAGAUGAGGAUGCAGAGGCAGGAGUCAAUAAACCGUUACAAGGAGAUGGUUAGCCGUGGAAGCAAUUAAUAUGUGAAAUUGCAUUUGAAUUUUUCCCCCCCUAUUAAACGGUGGAAAAAGAUAAGAGAUCAAUGGGGUGUUGGUUUUUUUAUUAUUAUAUAUGGGAAUUAUACCAAUAGUGAAAUUUUGGUUUUUUUUGUUUUGAAUUUUGGGAUGUUCAUGUUUGAAUUUCUAUUCUAAUUAGGUUUAGGGAGGAGUAAAAGAAGGAAAAAGGGGGGAUGGGUGGAGGAUGGUUCAAUAUUUUGGCUUUGUGUGGCAUGUAAAUUACUGACAUUUUAGUGGUUGAUUUUACAAGAAUGGGGUCAAGAUAUAUAAAUUGUCCCAAUUAGUUGUUUUUUUAAUAUAAUAUAUUAGCCACAACUAUUAUGAAAUGGGGAAUUAUAGUCACAACUAUGAAAAUUUAAAUUAUUAGCCAUAACUAUUGUUG